GCAGUCUGUGUAAGUCUUCAUAUCUCUGAGUGUGUGCACAUUGUGGAGAGGGUGGAGUCUUCCAUCCUCAAAUCUAAAAAGAUUGAGAGAUUUCGGAAGGCCCAGAUGUGCCAAAGGUCAGAGGGAUCAAUACACAGACCUUACCACUGGAAGGGGUGGAGGGGGGGAGGGAAGAUUCGACUAGAAAAUCGCUACAAAAGGGAAGCCAAUGAGAGGAGCAAAUGUGGAUUUGAGGGUAGCUGCCCUUCCCACCCCCACCGCCAUCCCUUGCAAUUUAAUACCAUGCUCGCCAGGAACCUUAACCUCGUCAUUUUAAAAAAUGAGAUAUCCGUGACCCGGGGUGAACUUGUUGAGUGUAGGUACAGCAGAGGAAAUUCUAGACUCUAUGAACGCCGGAGCCUUGCCCAGCGCAAUCCCUUCCUGUACACUGGUCUGUGCCCGACCGUGCCCACCUGCGCACGGACACAGGGCGCAGCGUGCUUGGUCCACCCGCCUUGACCUCGGGCGCGGUGUCCCGGCCGGCAGCGCUGGGCCAAGCAUCUCGGCCUUCCCCGGCCGGCUAGUCUCGCUCGCUCCCGGCUGUCGCCCUCCCAACCCUCUUCCCUACCCUCCGCCCGCUCGCCCCACUUUUCCUGAUUUCUCUUCAGCCAUCCUCUCACCCCCACUCCGCCUACUUUCACCCCAGCCUCCUGUGCGCCCCUCACUUCACUACCAGCCCCACUCCUCAAUCCCUCGUUUCCGUGACCUCUUCUCUCCACCCUGCAGGCCUGCAAAAAGGUCACAUACAGGCACUCUCAUACUCACACCCCACAUGCCUCGCCCCAAGCAAACCCAUGCACUCUGUCCUUUGUUCCGUUUCUUGGGCCACUUUCCCUGUCCCUUCCUCCGUCCUGCUUUGCUCCCCAGGAGUACGUUUCUGUCUCUCGGACGCCCUGGUCCUCCCCCUCUGAUUUAUGAGCGCUCCGGGUUCGGCGCAGAUUCCUUUUGCUUCUCCUCCAUCCCACCCUCCCCUCCUGUCCUCCUGUCCUUUCCACGGUAGGAUUGCUUGCGCCAGCGGCUCGUCUGCUCCUGUCUCAGAACCCUGCCCGGCUCCCUGCCCCUCUUUCGCUCUCGGGGCUCUUCCUCCGGCUCCCGACUCUCUGGCCGGCGGGCCUCACCGCCCUGCCCUGCCUCGCUCCUCGUCGCCCCUGCCCGCUCCCCCCCCGGGCUAGCCCGAGCGCUUUGCUCGCUCCUUGAACGCCCGCCGCGCAGCCGGGCUCGGCUGCCCGCCCGCCCGCCACUGUGCAGUGGAGUUUGGUGGAAUCUCUGCUGACGUCACGUCACUCCCCACACGGAGACCGAGCUGAGGGAAGAGAGAGGGAUGAGAGCGAGGGAGGGGAGAGAGAGUGCGAGACAGAGAGAGAAAGCUGGAGAGGAGCAGAAAGAAACUGCCAGUGACGGCUAGAUUCCCGCGGCCACCGCGCACCCGUGGACUCCCUCGGAACUUGGCACCCUCGGGAGCCCCGCAGUCCUCUCGGGCUCGGCUUUCAGGCGCUUGCGGUGCUGCCUGCGCUUCGGCUUGCUGGAAAUCUCCCCGGGAAGCGGUGGGACGCGGAGACAGCAGCUCUCUCCCGGUAGCCGAUAACGGGGAAUGGAGACCAACUGCCGCAAACUGGUGUCGGCGUGUGUGCAAUUAGGCGUGCAGCCGGCGGCCGUUGAAUGCCUCUUCUCCAAAGACUCCGAAAUCAAAAAGGUCGAGUUCACAGACUCUCCCGAGAGCCGGAAAGAGGCGGCCAGCAGCAAGCUCUUCCCGCGGCAGCAUCCCGGCGCCACUGAGAAAGAUAAAAGCCAGCAGGGAAAGAAUGAGGACGUGGGCACCGAAGACCCGUCCAAGAAGAAGCGGCAACGGAGGCAGCGCACUCACUUCACCAGCCAGCAGCUGCAGGAACUGGAGGCCACUUUCCAAAGGAACCGCUACCCGGACAUGUCCACGCGCGAGGAAAUCGCCGUGUGGACCAACCUCACGGAAGCCCGAGUUCGGGUUUGGUUCAAGAAUCGCCGGGCCAAAUGGAGAAAGCGGGAGCGCAACCAGCAGGCCGAGCUGUGCAAGAAUGGCUUUGGGCCGCAGUUCAACGGCCUUAUGCAGCCCUACGACGACAUGUAUCCGGGCUAUUCCUACAACAACUGGGCCGCCAAGGGUCUCACGUCAGCCUCUCUGUCCACCAAGAGCUUCCCUUUCUUCAACUCUAUGAACGUCAACCCCCUGUCAUCGCAGAGCAUGUUCUCCCCGCCCAAUUCCAUCUCCUCCAUGAGCAUGUCGUCCAGCAUGGUGCCCUCAGCUGUGACCGGUGUCCCGGGCUCCAGCCUCAAUAGCCUGAAUAACUUGAACAACCUGAGCAGCCCGUCGCUGAAUUCUGCGGUGCCGACGCCCGCCUGUCCUUAUGCACCGCCGACUCCUCCGUACGUUUACAGGGACACGUGUAACUCGAGCCUGGCCAGCCUGAGACUGAAAGCAAAGCAGCACUCCAGCUUCGGCUACGCCAGUGUGCAGAACCCGGCGUCCAACCUGAGUGCUUGCCAGUAUGCCGUGGACCGGCCGGUGUGAGCCUUGCCCACAGCACCCGGAUCCUAGGACUGUGCCGGAUGGGGCAACUCUGCCCUUGAAAGACUGGGAAUUACGCGAGAAGGUCGUGGGCACUAAAGAAAGGGAGAGAAAGAGAAGAUAGAAAAGGAAACCACUGAAUUAAAGAGAGCUCCUUUGAUUUCAAAGGAAUUUCCUCAACAUCUGACAUCUUUCACUAAAAGUAUUUCCGACAGUUGCAAGGACACACACAAAUGUUUGACUGGAUAUGACAUUUUAACAUUACUAUAAGCUUGUUAUUUUUUAAGUUUAGCAUUGUUAACAUUAAAAUGACUGAAAGGAUGUAUAUAUAUCGAAAUGUCAAAUUAAUUUUAUAAAAAGCAGUUGUUAGUACUAUCACAACAGUGUUUUUAAAGGUUAGGCUUUAAAAUAAAGCAUGUUAUACAGAAGCGAUUAGGGUUUUUCGCUUGUGAGCAAAGGAAUGUACAUACUAAAUGCCACACUGUAUGUUUCUAACAUAUUAUUAUUAUAAAAUAAUGUGUGAAUAUCAGUUUUAGAAUAGUUUUUCUGGUGGAUGCAAUGAUGUUUCUGAAACUGCUAUGUACAACCUACCCUGUGUAUAACAUUUCGUACAAUAUUAUUGUUUUACUUUUCAGCAAAUAUGAAAAACGUGUUUUAUUUCAUGGGAGUAAAAUAUACUACAUACAAA